CCACUAGUGAAGAAGAACGCUAUUCGCAAGGAGGGCGCGAGUAUGGCGGACCUGGAUGACGAGUUCGCACGCUUCGAGGCGGAGAUCCAGUCCCUGGAGCAGAGUAACACAUCAGACGACAAGCAGACCGAAGCCAAGGUUGAGGAUGUCCAGCCUCCAUCGAAAAAAGUCAAGACAAAGCCCGAGAUCGUCAUGGCUAAGCCUCAGAUCUACAUGGCUCCACCGCGUCCAGCUCCAGUAAAGAAAGCUGAAGACAGCGCAGAGAUAGACGACGGACGACCGCGAAUGCUCAACACACUGGAAGAUGUGGCUGCACAUCGAGGAGCUCUCAGCGGGUUCCCAGUCGGCACCACGGGGGAACUCGCAGCCACCGCAUCGAAGAGUUUAACCUCUUCCAGCUAUAGAUCGAUGCAGCCUCGUGUGGAUAUGGAGACGGGCUGUGUGCUGCCUAUGGAAGAGCAGCAGAUGAUGAACAGACAGCAGAGUGUAUAUUCGUACGACCCUAAGCGAACAGCAGCCAGUAUCGCUGCAAAGGAUGGCGCAAAGAAACCCAAGCGACAUCUGCGACUUGCAGGCGGUCAAGUGUGGGAGGACUCGACACUGGAAGAGUGGCCGGACAAUGAUUUCCGGCUAUUCUGCGGCGAUCUGGGCAACGAGGUGAGCGACGAGCUGCUAGCGCAUAGUUUCUCCCAAUACAAUUCGUUCCAGCGCGCUCGAGUGGUACGGGACAAGUUGACACACAAGUCCCGUGGAUACGGGUUUGUUAGUUUUGCCGACCCGUUCGACUGCGCCAAAGCUCUGCGUGAAAUGAACGGGAAGUAUAUUGGCAACCGACCUGUGAAACUUAGUAAAAGCAAGUGGGAGGAGCGCAACAUCGACGUGGCCAAGAAGAAGAUGCGCAAGCGGAAGCGGGACAAGCACCAUCUGUUUAACUGAGUUCCGGGUGUAUACAUGUCAAUAGAUGGCUUUAUCAUUGAGCAUCAAGGCAAUAUCUUCUUCUUUGGCUGCAAUCUCUUCACGUAGAGCGAGACGUUUCGCUCGCAGCUCCUCCAUCUUGUCUCGAACGUCUCGAAUCUUGGCGUUAUUCAGAUCGAUGUUGUCUUCUAGUCGAGUUAGAACUUGAGGUAAAAUAGUCGUGACCAUUUCCUUGGUUUGUGUCCA